CGUGACCCGGCUGUCAAAUAUGGCCCCGUCCUGCUGGGUGUGAGAGGAGCAGCCGACAAAGGACAGAAAGCAGGACCUCCGGCUCACCCCUCCGUCCAUCGCUGCUGCUGCUGCUGCUGCUGUGUGUGCCGGCCAAACGAUGAAGUGUGCUGGAGAGAGGAACUGACAGAAGAAGGCCCUCCUUGUUGCUGACCAUCUGCUCCGUUAGACCAACCCUUCACGCUGGCGUCCUCACUCCCUGCCUGCAAAGGGCUCCGCCCGGCAGCCAUGCAGAUCAAUCCAGUGCUGGUGGAGUCCACCGUGGUCUUUGCCGUGGUGCUAUGCGUCCACAUGGCGGUCUGGAACCAGCACUCCUGGUGCAGCAUAGCCCUCGUCAUCCAGGCUUUCUACGUGCAGCACAAAUGGGACCGUCUGCUCCGGUCAGGAGGCGCCGUGUUCCAGUUUCGGCCAUCAGCGAAUAGCGGCAUUGUACCGGCCUCCAUGGUGAUGCCAUUGCUCGGCCUGGUACUGAAAGAAAAGUGCUCCGACUCAGGGAAUGUCUACUUUGAGCGCUUCUCCAUGGUUGUCACCAUCACAGGCAUGAUGCUGGCUCUGUUUCUCUCUCUGAUUGCGCUCGGUAUCACCAGACCCGUGCCUACGAACACUUGUGUGAUCGCAGGCAUGGCCGGCAGCGCCAUUCUCUACACGACCAAACAGACGCUGACGGUGUCUGAGGUCAUCGAGGUGUUAGAGGUACUCCUGAUCUUCGUCUAUCUCAGCCUGAUCGUGCUUUAUCUGCUGCCGCGCUGCUUCACACCCGGAGAGGCGCUGCUCAUUGUCGGCGGAAUCAGUUUCAUCGUCAACCAACUCAUCAAGCGCUCCCUGAACCUGGCAGAGGUCAAAGGAGAUCCAGUGAACUAUUUCCUGCCGGUGGUGGUGGUGGGCUCGCUGCUGCUGGGUGUUUUCUUCGCCCUGCUCUUCUGUUUCAUGGAGUCCGAGACCUGGGUGUCCUCGCUUUUCUUCCACAUGAUGACGGCCGUCCUGUGUCUGGGAAUCCUCAUGCCGUGGCUCUCCCUGUUCAUCGGCCGGCACCCCAUCAUGUGGCUGCUGGACUUUCUCACGUUAAAUGACAGAAGACUCUGUCUGUUGGGGUACUGGGUGUUUUUGGCUGUCGUGGCCACCUGUGUUGUGUUACACCAGAACUACCAGCGCCAGUCUGGGUCCAAGAAGCACCAGGCCUCGACUGUUGUCAGGAAGUACUUCCAUCUGAUAGUCGUGGCCACGUAUGUUCCAGGGCUCAUAUAUGACAGACAGAUGCUUCACGUGGCAUCUGUGGGUUGCCUGGCUAUUUUCUUGUUCCUGGAGUACGUGCGGUACUUUCGGAUCAGGCCACUGGGUCAGCUGCUCAGGCAGCUGCUCACACUGUUUCUGGACGAGCGUGACUCUGGGCCUCUCAUCCUGACCCAUGUCUACCUGCUGCUGGGCAUGUCGCUGCCCAUAUGGCUGUUCCCUGGGCCCUGUGCCCCGAAGGGGAUACUUCCUGGUGCGGGCGGCCUGGUGCCUUACGCAGGCGUGCUGGCUGUUGGGGUCGGAGACACUGUGGCGUCCAUAUUUGGCAGCACCAUGGGAGAGAUACGCUGGCCUGGCACUAAGAAAACCAUGGAAGGGACUGCAACAUCUGUGUUUGCCCAAAUUAUCGCUGUGGCCAUGUUUCUCAUCUUCGAUGGGGGUAUCAAUUUGAACUCCACCUACUCAUGGAUCGUUGGCUCCAUAACCCUGGUGGCCAUGUUGGAGGCCUACACCUUUCAAAUAGACAACCUCCUACUCCCACUCUACCUGUUCAUCCUGCUGAUGCUCUGAACAGACAGAUGGCCCAGACAAAAACAGUUUCCACCCCCUGUCCUACAUAGUCUCCUGGGUGGAAGCAAGAAUGGUCAGUUUGGGAUGAUGAGAAGAUAAUCAAAGUGAUCAAAGAAGUCCCUUUAGGAAUCGAUGGAGUCGUUUACACUGGCAAGAAACAAAUGAUGAAAAGCUGACAGCUGGACUGAGCCUGGUAAUUUUUAUGUCAGCAAACCAGUGUGGCAGCAACAGAAUGUGCCCACUGUCUGCCAUUUCAGUAUGAGGAUGAGGAAAGAGACCAACACAAAGUUAUAAAGAAAUGUGAAGACGAGCUUCUAAAUAUUCUCCGAGCUAUGUGACAGCAGUGGUGGAUGGCCAUUUUGCAAGUCCCCAUCUUGACAUGAAGGUACUUAACAAUAACAACUAAUUUAUGCAAAAGAAGAUUAGAAAAGUACAAAAUGUAUUUUUAAACACUGAAUUCUGAAAACACAGAUGCUGCUAAGAGGCACAUUUCGAUCGUCCAUAAGGAGGUUGUCCUAUCUUGUCCCUUUCUUGCAAUUAUAUGCCUUCUGUAUUGCCUUUGAAGAACAUUAUUUAAAGUUAGCUAGUUGAAAUGUCUUUUUCUUAAUCAACCUUUUUCAUUAUGAUGAUAUGAUUUGGAUAAUGGCUGAUGGCAAUACGACGAAGGACUCACUGAUGUGAACAUUUGCCUUAAGAAGUAAAUUUUCUAUCACACGUUACCUUCUUUUGUAGAAGCUUUAGAUGAAAGCAUGGCCGCCCCGCUCGACUAAUUUUCAAGGGCUGGUUUAUACUUCAGUAUGGCAGAAACUCACCAUGGUCCUUGCAUGACACUAAUGUGAAAUCCAGUACUGUAACAUGUAAACAGAUAUACUACAGUAUAUUUUUGUUCGGUACGUUUUAUUUGCUUCAUAUUCUUGUGGUUUGAUGGGACCUUUUUAAAAAGGUAAACUUAACUUGAUUUGGGCCAAACUGAUGACCACGGAGCCUUCCUAGCAUUCAUUUAAAUGAUUUAAUUUAUAGAAAUAUCAUUCGGCUAGAUCCAUAGACUGUUUAUAAAAAUGGACAACGCGUGGCCUUUGACCUCAACUAUCCAGAAAAAAAGCAAAAAUAUUGGUACAAACGCAGUCAUCUUGCAGCGAUGACGUCACUUGGAGACAAGCGUCUGUGCAGUAGUGAUCAGGAGAUGGAGCCGUGGAAGUGAGUUCCCACUGAUAAGAAGCACUCGACCAAUCGCAAGUCAGUCUCAGCUGUCAGUCAUGAUGUUUCACUAUAGCAUCAAGUAACUAACAACUACCUAAAAUUACAGAAACCAUCUUUGAAAGAAUUAUUGGACUUCUUAGUUCACCCCAUGUACUAACAUGGAGGCAAAAUAUAUGACCCAUACUGCAUCCAGCCACCAGGGGUGCAAUCGAGACGUUUUGGGGAGCCAUCAUGUCGUCCAUCAUUUAUAUACAGUCAAUGUUUGAUGUUAUCAUUCUGAGAUGUGAGGAUGCAUCAGUUCAGAACCUGAAAUGUGUUUUCAGAAUGAAUUAACUUUACGUUCAUCUGUAAAAGUUCUUUUUUUAAUGUGAUGACGGUUAAUUGGCAUGAUUCUUCUAGUGUAUUGUUUUUGCCAUCACCCUUAUGUUUAAAAAAUGUAAUAUUGCAUGUUGAGAGCAUCCAGACAGAAAGAUAAAAAAUGAUAUUCCUCCAAUUUUCAGUCCAUUUGUUUAAUGCUGGUGUGAGAAUGGAGAAGAGGAACCUGUGCGCCAACAUUAACCCUCUGGUUUCUCAGUUUGAUUUCAAAUGUAUCUAAAAACGUUUGGAUGUUGUUAAAAAUCAUUCAUACAUAAAGAUGUUUUUCUUUUGAGUUGCAUCUUAAAAUCAAAAAUUGUUGCUCACUGCUUGUCUGUAAAAAUAGGAAUCUGCCAUCUUGUUUGAACACAAAGCUGAAAAGGAAAAUUAGCUUGAACAAAAGAAAUGCUGGUUUGUGCAAAUGUUGAUUAGGAGACGCUGAAUAAAAGCAGAUCUAAAUAUCAGUUGUAUUUUAAAAAAAGGGUUCAAUUCAAAUUAAUUUCUAAGCAUAUUAAAAAAUUCACAUUCAGUAUCGGGCCACAAUCAUUCUCGAUGGUCUGUAAUCUACAUGCAGCUCAGAGCAACACAUGGUGUCAUGGAAGAUAAAAAACCAUCCAUGAGCACAUGAGCUAUGGUUGAAACUGUUAAUACACGUUGGUCGCUCUUCAGGAAAGAUGGGAUCGUGUGUGUCUCUGCAGCCGGAUGUCCUUCACUUGGUGUAGAGGGGAGGGAAAGGAAGCUCUUCAGUGGGCUGCAGCCUUUAAAGACCAAACACAUGGAAACAUCACAGGUUAGUUACAGAAUAGGUUCAUUUUUUUUUUAAAGUUUGCAUUAAAUCAAACAUGCUGUCAUGACAGCUGAGAUAAAUCGCGACAUAAAGCAAAUGAUGUAGUAAAUGACAUUGAAUGACGGAAUAAAGUAUAAAAUGACA